GUCCUCCUCCUCAGUUUCACUCUUCAAUUCAACCGUGCGCCGGGAAAAAAAAAAGGAAAGAGAAAAGAUGCUAUGUGCACAGUGAAGAUGGAAAACAAAAGCUGAGGAUUUUAGAGUACAAUUUGGAGGGGGGGGGGGGGGGUUCCCACUCCCUUCUCUUCCCUUCUUUCUUGCUCCUCACAAUGAGAGAGACGACAGUGCGGGUCAGGGGCCAGUUGAUUCUCACGCUCAAGGAUACAAGGACUGACAAGGUCUCAGCAUGAGUUACUAGGAAAAAAAGUCCCAUCCAUGCUCGACUGGAGCCCCCAGGGAGGACCAUGGCGAAGAGGAGAGGGCUGCUGUUGUCUCUGCUCUACUUGAUAGCGGACUUGUGGCUCAGUUGGCAGCAGGUCCUGAGGAUUGGCGGCAUCUUCGAGACGCUGGAGACGGAGCCCAUCAGUGUGGAGGAGCUGGCCUUCAAGUUUGCAGUGACCAACAUCAACAGGAACCGGACCCUCAUGCCAAACACAACUUUGACCUACGACAUCCAGAGAAUAAAUCUCUUCGACAGCUUCGAGGCGUCGAGAAGAGCCUGCGACCAGUUGGCGCUGGGCGUGGGAGCCGUGUUCGGACCCUCGCACAGCUCGUCGGUGAGCGCCGUCCAGUCCAUCUGCAACGCACUGGAAGUCCCUCACAUCCAGACGCGCUGGAAGCAUCCGUCCGUGGACAACCGAGACAGCUUCUACAUCAACCUCUAUCCCGAAUACGCUUCCAUAAGUCGAGCCGUGCUGGACAUCGUGCAGUACUACAAGUGGAAGACGGUCACCGUGGUCUACGAGGACGCGACGGGCCUGAUUCGCUUGCAAGAGCUGAUCAAAGCGCCGUCCAGAUACAGCAUCAAAAUCAAGAUCCGCCAGCUGCCCGUGGGAAGCAAAGACGCGCGGCCGCUACUGAAGGAGAUGAAGAAGGGCAAGGAGUUUUACGUCAUCUUCGACUGCUCCUACCAAAUGUCAGCCGACGUCCUCAAGCAGAUCCUGUCUAUGGGGAUGAUGACGGAAUACUACCACUUCUUCUUCACCACGCUGGACCUGUUCGCGCUGGACCUGGAGCCGUACCGCUACAGCGGCGUCAACAUGACGGGCUUCCGGCUGCUCAACAUCGACAACCCCAAGGUGGCCUCGGUGGUGGAGAGGUGGGCCACGGAGCGGCUGCAGGCCCCCUCCAAGGCUGAAACGGGAAUGAUGGAGGGCAUGAUGACGACGGAAGCGUCUCUGAUGUACGACGCCGUCUACAUGGUGGCGGCCGCCUCGCAGCGUGCCGCCCAGAUCACCGUCAGCUCGCUUCAGUGCCACCGACACAAGCCCUGGCGCUUCGGGGCGCGCUUCAUGAACAUGCUCAAAGACGUGCAGUGGAACGGCUUAACGGGACAAAUCGUCAUAAACAAGACAGACGGCCUGCGCAAAGAUUUUGAUUUGGACGUGAUCAGCCUCAAGGAAGACUGCUUGGAGAAGAUAAUCGCAGGCAACAAUCGCCUGAAUAAAGUGUGGAAAAAGAUUGGCGUAUGGAACUCACAAACUGGCCUUAAUUUGACGGAGAGCAACAAGGAUUUGAGCACAAAUGUCACAGACUCCAUGGCCAACAGGACGCUCAUUGUUACCACUAUUCUGGAAAAUCCCUACGUGAUGUACAAGAAGUCUGACAAGCCGCUGUACGGAAACGACCGCUUCGAGGGAUACUGCCUGGACCUCCUCAAGGAGCUCUCCAACAUCCUGGGCUUCUCCUACGAGGUCAAGCUGGUGUCCGAUGGUAAAUACGGGGCUCAGAACGACAGAGGGGAGUGGAACGGCAUGGUGCGCGAGCUUAUCGACCACGUGGCCGACCUGGCUGUGGCUCCCCUCACUAUCACCUACGUGAGGGAGAAGGUGAUCGACUUCUCCAAGCCGUUCAUGACGCUGGGCAUCAGCAUCCUCUACCACAAACCCAACGGCACCAAUCCGGGCGUGUUCUCCUUCCUCAACCCGCUGUCUCCUGAUAUUUGGAUGUACGUGCUGCUGGCCUGCCUCGGCGUGAGCUGUGUGCUCUUCGUUAUUGCCAGGUUCACCCCCUACGAGUGGUACAAUCCCCACCCCUGCAACCCAGACUCGGAUGUGGUCGAAAACAAUUUCACUCUCAUAAACAGUGUGUGGUUCGGAGUAGGAGCACUCAUGCAGCAAGGUUCUGAGCUGAUGCCCAAGGCCCUGUCCACGAGGAUAGUCGGUGGAAUCUGGUGGUUCUUCACGUUGAUCAUUAUAUCCUCCUACACUGCCAACUUGGCUGCCUUUCUCACGGUGGAGAGAAUGGACUCGCCCAUUGACUCUGCCGACGACUUGGCCAAGCAAACUAAAAUAGAGUACGGCGCGGUGAGAGACGGCUCUACCAUGACAUUUUUCAAGAAAUCCAAGAUUUCGACCUACGAGAAGAUGUGGGCCUUCAUGAGCAGCCGGAAAAACACAGCCUUGGUGAAGAACAACCGCGAAGGCAUCCAGAGGGUCCUCACCACCGACUACGCUCUCCUGAUGGAGUCGACCAGCAUCGAGUACAUCAGCCAGCGCAACUGCAACCUCACGCAGAUUGGGGGUCUGAUCGAUUCCAAGGGCUACGGCGUGGGAACCCCAAUAGGCUCCCCUUACAGAGACAAGGUGACCAUCGCCAUCUUGCAGCUUCAGGAGGAAGGCAAGCUGCACAUGAUGAAGGAGAAGUGGUGGCGGGGUAACGGCUGCCCCGAGGAGGACAGCAAAGAGGCCAGCGCUCUGGGCGUGGAGAACAUCGGCGGCAUCUUCAUCGUGCUGGCGGCCGGACUGGUUCUCUCCGUUUUCGUCGCCAUCGGAGAGUUUAUCUACAAAUCCAGGAAAAACCUGGACAUUGAGGAGGUGAGCGUCGGCCAGUGCGAGUGGCACAACAAGUACUAACGUGCUGCAUUUGGGCCACGCGCCCGAGGACUUGAACGCUACGCACGUUUGAGCGGCGCCCUUCAGAGGUUAAUGGAAAAUGUCCGAAUGUGUCAAACUGCAUUGUUACAAUCAAAACUUUUUAAUCACUGAGUUUAGUGUUUUCAGUAGCUUUGAUGUAGAGCUCAUGAAUAUUUUAAUCGAAAGAAUACUUUAAAAAGUCCUUUGAGGAAUAAUAGACGCUUGUCAGCGUUUCACAUCAUGAUGCUUUACCAUCAUGGCCUUUCUGUUUUUAUGCAAAAAAACAAAUUGUAGUUUUUUUUGUGUGGGAUAAAAUGUAAUUCAUGUUUUAUUUUUUUAUUUUUUUUUUGUGGGCAAGACAUGGUGCAAUGCUAUUCUUUGUUGUUUGGACAGCAUUUGCAUAUUCAAAAACAGCCAGUGUGCAAUACUUACUGUUUUUUUGCACCUCCAUACUUCCAAACAGUUUCUAAUUAGCAGUGAAUAUUGUUUCCAAAUUUGUUGUAUUUAUCAAGUUAUUGUGUUUUUUUUCUCUCUCUUGACCAUGUCAGGUGUCGCAUCAGAAUAAAAAAAAAAAGUUGUGAGAAAAUUACAUCCUUUUAAACCUUUGAUUGCUGCUUGUUUGGUAUUGGUGUGCUUAUUUUCUUAUUUUGUCCGCUUUCACCAGCAUUUCCACAUCAUCCCUAAAACAUUUGGGGUAAAAUAUUACACAUAUUACUUUUUAUCAAUGCUUAUGUACAUCACUGCAUGCCACCAAG